AUGCGCCGCCUUAAGGUCAGCAAAACGGUUAGGUAUCCGCUGAGUGUGGAGCCAGAUCCGAGGCGAACUCUCACUGGAGUGCCUGGAACGUGGUGGUCGGAGAGUGACCAUACCUCCGGCCGCCAAGUGGCAAGUCAUUGGCCGUCUGAGGGCCGCAGUCUCAGAACACCAUAUGUCCGAAGUCGGACCAGGGUAAAGUCUUCGACGCGACCUCCUGCCAUGGAGCGAGCAAUCGUACCUGCAACAGUACCUGCGCUUCGCGGACUGGUGCUUUAUUCACCGCGUGCGCCUCGACGUGCUCCCCUUAAAUGGGGCGCGUUGAUGGGGCGACGAAUAAGAUACGCCGCCUUAAGGUCAGCAAAGCGGUUAGAUAUCCGCUGGGUGUGGAGCCAGGUCCGAGGCGAACUCUCACUGGAGUGGAUGGACCAUACCUCCGGCCGCCAAGCGGCAAAUCAUUGGCCGUCUAAGGGCCGCAGUCUCAGAACACCAUAUAUCCAUGUUUUUUAGGAAGUCGGACUACGGUAAAGUCUUCGACGCGACCUCCCGCCAUGGAGCGAGCAAUCGUCUGGGUCAGUAG